GGCGGAGGGGGGGAAGGAGGGAGGCGUCGAGGCGUGAGGAGGUCGGGCGGGCGCUGAGGGGAGACGGGUGUCGCUCGCGCUCGCGCUGUCUCUCCCGCCGCCGCCGCCGGGAAUGCGAAGCGAUGGCCGCGGGCGGCCCCAGCGCUGAGGAGCGCGGCUACUGCCGCUUCCUGGAGCUCUUCUUGGUCGAGUUCCGAGGACCUUUCGGAGCGGAGCCGCCGCCGCCUUCCUCCUCGUCCUCCGCCGCUUCGCCCUCCUCAGCCGCCGGCGGGGCAGAAGGCGACCCCGGGCACGCCGACGAAGCCGCCGCCGGCUGCGAGGGAGAGCAGGCGGAGGAGGCGGUGAGGGAGGAAGAAGCGGAGCCGCCGCCGCCGCCGCCGGCCGAGGACGAGGAGGUGGAAGAAGGAGGAGGCGGCGGCGGCGUGGGAGGGGAAGAGGAGGAGGAUGGUGCCCCUCCGGAGGAAGAGGGCGCCGGGGAAGAAGCAGCCGGCGCGGCCGCCGAGGAAGCGCCGCCGGAGCAGCAGACGCCGCCGGAGCUGCCCCCUCAGCCCUCGCCGCCGCCGCCGCCCCGGGCCGCCACCCCUCCGCCGCCGCCUCUGCCCUCGCUGCCCCGGCCGCUGUCGGAGCACAUCACGGUGGAGGAGGUGGAGGGCGAGUGCCUGGACCUCUGCCUCCAGCAGCUCUACAAGUAUAAUUGCCCUUCACUUUUGGCGGCUGCUUUAGCUCGUGCAACAGCAGAUGAAGUACUUCAGAGUGAUCUCUCCGCACACUACUUACCCAAGCAUGAGGAUAGCCCAGAUGGGAUCAUACAAGUGGAGACAGUGAAGUUGGCCCGCACAGUGUUCAGCAAGCUCCAUGACGUUUGCAGCAGUUGGGUGAAGGACUUUCCCCUGCAGAGGAAACCUCAUCGUUAUUAUGAAACGUCAAUUCACGCCAUUAAAAACAUGCGACGCAAGAUGGAGGACAAACACGUCUGCAUCCCUGACUUCAACACACUUUUCAAUCUUGAGGACCAAGAGGAGCAGUUCUACUUUGCAGUAUUUGAUGGCCACGGAGGUGUGGAUGCUGCCAUCUAUGCUUCCAUCCACCUGCACGUAAACCUGGUGCAUCAGGAGAUGUUUCAACAUGACCCCGCAGAGGCGCUGUGCAAGGCUUUCCGAGUGACAGACGAGCGCUUUGUGCAGAAGGCAGCCAGAGAGAGCUUACGAUGUGGAACCACUGGUGUGGUGACGUUCAUCCGUGGGAACAUGUUGUAUGUAGCAUGGCUGGGUGACUCCCAAGUGAUGCUUGUGAGAAGGGGUCAGGCUGUGGAAUUGAUGAAGCCACACAAGCCAGAUCGAGAGGAUGAGAAGAAACGCAUUGAAGCCCUUGGAGGCUGCGUGGUCUGGUUCGGGGCUUGGCGAGUCAACGGGAGUCUGUCUGUCUCCAGAGCUAUUGGUGAUGCAGAACAUAAGCCAUAUAUCUGUGGGGAUGCAGAUUCUGCUUCCACAGUUCUGGAUGGAUCUGAAGACUACCUCAUUUUAGCCUGCGAUGGUUUCUACGACACCGUGAACCCUGACGAAGCGGUGAAGGUGGUGGCGGACCACCUGAAGGAGAACAACGGGGACAGCAGCAUGGUGGCACAUAAGUUGGUGGCUUCUGCUCGAGAUGCUGGCUCCAGUGACAAUAUCACUGUCAUCGUGGUCUUUCUCAGGGACAUGAGUACAGCGGUCAGUGUUAGCGAGGAGUCAGAGUGGACAGAAAACUCAUUCCAAGGCGGGCAGGAGGAUAAUGGCGACGACAAAGAAAACCACGGCGAUUGCAAGAGGCAGUGGCCUCAGCACCAGGUCUCGGCCCCUGCAGACCUAGGGUAUGAUGGGAGAGUGGAUUCUUUCACGGACAGAACUACCUUGAGUACAGGUUGCAGAAUUGACUUGUUGGAAGACCCAGGGUAUAUAGACUUGAGGAAAACAGAAGCUAGCAAACUUCAGAGUGCCAAACGCCUGUCCUCAGAUCAAGGGUUUAAUGCUGGUGUACCAAAGAGAGCAACCAUGGCUAAUGGUUUAUCAGCAGAGAACGAGACGCUGCCUGACGCUGCCCCGCCUACACGUGGACACAGCAGUCUCCAGGGGCAGAUCUCUUUCCUUAGUCUUGGGUCUGCAAGCCCACACGAGUACAACAUGGUGAGUGAGACUCCCAUCUGUGUGAGGCUGGAGGGUGAGCAGUUCAAAUCCUGGGCCCGAAGAGCCUCCAUUUUCUCUCAUUUCCGCCUCUGUGACACCAAGCGGUGGCCGCGGCUAGCCAGACUCAAGCCAAAGCUGCACACGCUUCUCUUUGAGCACAGGCCACUCCCCCACCAGGAGUGCUUUGCUCUGCACUCCCCUAGCAAUGUGAACGUGCGCAGGAAGAAGUCACUGAGGAGCCGUUUCUGGCAGGGCUUCUCUAGCUGUUACCAGAGUCACGAUGAGGGGAUUCUCCUGAGCUACUGUAUACCAGACCCCGGGCUUCUCUGGAGCUGUAAAAAAUAAUGUGCUCCACUGUGUUCCCCUGUCCUCCUUAAAUAGUUAGGUUAGCCAUUCACAGAAUGAGAAUUUAAGACAAGAGUGGGCAAUUCAGAAUUACUGUUUUGGAAUGCUCCACUUAUGUAAAUAGAUCUAGGAUUAAAACAGUGUUUCAGUCUCAAAAAUUAGUAGCUGGCGUGCCAGUCUCUCUCUCUCUCUCUCUCUCUCUAAGCAAUGUCACAGACAUACAUGUAUCUAAAGCUUCAUUUGCUCAUGGAACUAGGAACUGUCAUUGGCUCACCUGGACUAGAUAGGAAAGGGCUACUUGUAAGAGACAGCAAAAGAAAAAGAAAGGUGAAACCUGUUUGAGAAGAGUCUGUGGAUCAAUAUUUUCAGAAAGUUCCUGUUUUAAACCUGACAGUUUUCAGGUGUGUUUGAGGAAUGAGCAGGAAGACUUGGGUAAACUGGUUUGCAAAGGGCUUGGGGGUGAUGGUUGAGGUUAACAGCAAAAUGUAUAGUUAGUGAAAUGCUUUGCAGGUAUGUUUUUAAAAGCCAUAUUGGGGGUUUAAUAGGUCCUCUAGCACUACGUUUCUGCCCAGCCUCUGUUAAAUAUCUAAUACAACUCAGAUCAUGGUAUGAAUUCAGACUCCAGUGAUAUUUUCCCCACCCUAUAACAUUAGACGUUAAGGCUUACUAAACAUCGCUAUAGGUUUUUAAGUAGCCAUUUUCUACGGCUGGAGUCAAAAUUAUAUUGACCUUUUAGUAGCCUGGGAGGAUUUGGUGCUUAGUGACUUCUUACUUUUAAACUAGAAAAGUAAUGUUAAAUAAUGUUCAUUUAAUAGAAUUGUGGUCGGUAUUUCCCAAUAUCACCUUCUCUCUAAUAUUUUUUUUAAUCUCAGGUGUCCAACCAAUCUAGAGCUAGUCCAGACACAAACAUGCUGUCCACGAACUUAUGGAGCCAAAAGCUCACUGGCAGUUCUGCUUUCCCAAUUCACUCCAGGGCAUCUAAAGGAAGGUGGCAGGAGACCACAGAAAUGCUGCUGAACUCUCGGCUCAGCUGUUAGUGCAUUUUCUUAGCUUUGUUUUUUAGAGGAGACUAAAGGGAAGCCUUUAGAGAUGCUACCAGGCACUGGAGUAAAGAGAAGAUUGCAGUAACCUGCUGUUUCAGCAGCUGAGCAAUUCAUUAGGAGUCUUCAGUCAGUAGUAGGGGUGGGUUACCUCCUUGGACCUUCAUGCUAAUAGGAAAGAACACUAAAUAUCAAACUUAAAAUGCCCAAAUAAAUCCAAGACAGAUAGGUACUUAGAGGGUGUUAUAGAAUGAUCCCACUGCGAGGCAUUUAAUUUAUACAGCACUGAAUAUUGCACAUAAAUCCCAAGGAGGGUGCUGUAGACUGAGUGUGACAGUAUUGCUAACUAGUCUGUGUUGCCAUUAGUGCAACUACAUAAUACCAAUAGUUUGCCUGCAGACUGAAAAUGCAGCCAGGCCAGAGGAAUUUCCUAAUGAUAAAGUUGCAGACUUUCAUUGGUCCGCUUCUUGGGAGUGACUUAAUGAAACUGUCAAGGAAGGCAAGCUCAAAGUCCCUGCUGUCUUUUGUCUUGGGGGGGGGGGGGGGAAAUUAAGGGCCGACUGAAUGUACCGUGUGUCCUCCUCUGUGAGCCUAAGGAGCCCCGUGUUACCAGUCAAGGACUUUGGAGGAGUGGUAAAAGAGCCAACUGUGCAACACCAUGCCGUCACUGCUGCUGCCUUUAAAAUACUUCACAUGAACAAAGCUGUGAUUCAAGUCUCUUGCUCUGCUGGACACUUGCCUUCACACAAAUGUACUUAGCUCUUCUCCACAAAAGAUGCGCAUCAAGAAUUAAAAAAAUGUUGCAGGUGUCAGACCUCUCCUCUCAAUGCAGGCAUAAUUGAGGAACUGUAGCCUCAAAAGUAUGCAUUUGUGUUAAGCAAAAAGUUACCUCCCAUCUCUGUGGAUUCAUACAUAUAGGUUAUCUGCUGCUCAUCCUGUUGAUUCCUUCUGGAGGGAAGCUGCCGUCCAUUCUUAGUGUGGCCUGUUACAAGAUAGUUACAAACAGCAAGUGUUUAUUCCUUCAUUACAUAGUGGUAGAGUACGUAGGAGCCAUUUGUGGAGCGAAUUCUUUAAUCAUGGUAGAAUAUGUACUUCAAAUUAGUUGUCGGUCCAAUAUAUGCUGCUCAACUCUACACACUCGGCAAAAAAAAUAAAAGCCGUGCUUUGUGACAGUGUUUUUCUCUUAAUGCCACUAGUGAUAGGAAGUAGUUCUCUUCAGUUCCAACUCCUGUGCCCUUAUUUGCUGCUUGCUGACGUAAGCAAUAAGUCCCCUUCCUCUUUUUAAUUAAAAAUGGUAUCUCACUGUUCUGUAUCUUGUUCUUUGACCCUCUAGCUGGUGAUAAUGUACAAAAAUAUAGGUAUCUAAUUGUAUUUAUUGUUAACGUUACUUGUCUGAAACGUUUUGUAACUCUGUGUAUUUUAGUAAUGGUGACAUUUGCGUAACAAGGACCUUUCCAAUAAAGAGCUUAAGUAUCCCUGGAGUUUACACAAUCCACAUUAAAUUAUCAAGUUGGGUAGAAAGGUGGUAGCGCAAACAAGAUUAAAUAGUCUAUGAUGGCAGGAGACUCAUUGGCCGUUCAAAAUCUGCUUGAGUUUAUUCACUGUGAGUUUCGAGGGGAUUCUCGCAAUCUCCAUUUAUGUACAAAUUCUGAGUAUCUCCUAUGGCAGAAAAGGGAGCCGUAGCAGAGCAGGAAGCCAUUGAUCUAGUCCAGUUGCACUAAAAUAUUUAUACUUAGAAGUGCCAUCAAUUGUCUGUGUGAGUUUACAACCCUACGAGGCAUAUGAUUUCCCUCUUCCCUAUUCCUAAUCUCUCCAGUUCAGGCAUUGUUCUCUUUGUCUUUUCAUGCAGGCUGGAGCACAGUUCGGCCACUCCCUUACUAAAAUGAUGUCCUCCUUGUAGGACAGAACAAGGGAGGUAAGCCACUGGGUACUCACAGCUCCUGGCUCAAAAUGGCAAGACAGAAGAAAAAUAGGACACACAUAAGUGUUCUUUCCCCUCUCCUUGGGGCUUGCCUUCAGAACCUUCAAUCUACCCAAGAAAGCAUUAACCGCCCACCCACCCCCAACCUUGUGUUUAUGUAUUCGACUGCCAGAUAGAGCUCAAGUCCUGGAACAGUCUGUGAAGCCAGAAAAAACUAUGCAGAGGAAGUUCAGCAUUACAUAAUGUGAGAGCUGUACUCCAAGUAGCCCUUUUGCCCUGCCAAAACGCUGUGGUAGCAGUGGAGAAGCUGAACAUCUUCUCCCCAAAGAACUAGCUCACUUGUAAAGGCAGACCCCAGGGCUUUUGGCUGUGUCUGAAAGUUAAGCCUUUCUGCAUGUAACAGCUCAAAAAAUUCUGCACCUGUCUGUCAUGUGCAACAUAACAUCUUCAAGGAACCCAAGUGACAAAUUGAUUUUUAUUCUUGUGUCACACUAAAGAGUUUCUGUAACUACCAGUAUUAACCCUGAAGUUUCAUGCAAAUACAGCCCAAGGAAGAUUCAACUGAAUAACACCUAACAAGUUUUGUGUAACCCCUUGGCUGCUGCAUUGUCUCUUCUAUAAAUGAGGAACAGUAACACAAGACUAGCUAGGUGCAGCGGAAAAACAGAGAUUCAGCUUAUUACUAAAAUGUUAAAAUGCCAAGUGUAUUAUUGGGCUCCUGUUGAAAGAUACUUAUGCUAUUUUUGAAAUUAAUGAAGUGGAUCAGUUUAAUACAGAAGUGACUUAAUACUACUGUGGUAAGACCUCUUGGGACAGUUUUUUCCUGUAGCUCACAAGUUCAAUUAGAAUGAUGUAUUAGCCAUAUUUUAUUUAUUAAAGCUGUUUCACAAAAAGGUAAGGACUAUGUUCAACUUCUAGCAGUAUCUUAAUAAAACAGCAAUUGUUACUCUUA